AUGACGCCAACCGGAGCCACUGCCGCUCUCGUGCUAGCAGUACUCACCCUAGCACACCAUGCCUCACUCGCCGCCGCCGGCGGCCCCAGGGUCAUCAUCGUCGGCGCCGGCAUGUCAGGGAUCUCUGCGGGGAAGCGGCUGUCGGAGGCCGGGAUAACGGACCUGGUGAUCCUGGAGGCGACGGACCACGUCGGCGGGAGGAUGCACAAGCGGGACUUCGGCGGCAUCAGCGUGGAGAUGGGCGCCAACUGGGUGGAGGGCGUCAACGGCGGCAAGAUGAACCCCAUCUGGCCCAUCGUCAACUCCACGCUCAAGCUCACCAACUUCCGCUCCGACUUCGACGACCUUGCCAGCAACGUCUACAGGGAGAAAGGUGGUGUCUACAAAAAAGCGUACGUGCAGAAGAGAAUUGACCUGUCGGACAAGGUGCAAGAGGGCGGCGAGGAACACUCUGCCAAGCUGCAUCUCAGCGGCCAGGAUGACAUGUCAAUCCUCGCCAUGCAACGCCUCAACGACCACCUUCCCAACGGGCCGUCGGCGGCAGUGGACAUGAUCCUGGACUACUUCAAGUACGACUACGAGUUCGCCGAACCGCCACGCGUGACCAGCCUGCAAAACACCAUCCCUCUCGCCACCUUCAACGACUUCGGCGACGAUGUUUACUUCGUCGCCGACCAGCGCGGCUAUGAGGCCGUCGUCUACCACCUCGCUGGCCAGUACCUCAAGGCCGACAAGUCCGGUGGCAUCGUGGUGCGAGAGAUCUCUUACUCCGGAAGCGGCGUAAGAGUGGAGACGGAGGACAACAAGGUGUAUAAGGCAGACUAUGUCAUGGUCUCAACGAGCUUGGGGGUCUUGCAAUCAGAUCUCAUAAAAUUUGAGCCACAACUUCCUCCAUAUUCUGACCUUGAUUUUCCAUGUGUACUGAAUAUGUAUGUACAUAAGACAUGGAAGGUUCUGUCGAUCUACCAAUUUGACAUGGCUGUGUACACCAAGAUCUUUGUCAAAUUCCCCAAGAAGUUCUGGCCCGAAGGCAAAGGCAGAGAGUUCUUCCUCUACGCGAGCAGCAGGAGAGGCUACUAUGGAGUAUGGCAGGAGUUUGAGGCGCAGUAUCCAGACGCCAAUGUCCUCUUGGUCACCGUCACCAACGAGGAGUCGAGGCGGAUCGAGCAGCAGUCAGACAACCAGACCAAGGCGGAGAUCAUGGAGGUGUUGAGGAGCAUGUUCCCCGAUGAGGAUGUCCCUGACGCGACAGACAUCCUCGUGCCACGGUGGUGGUCCGAUAGGUUCUACAUGGGCACCUUCUCCAACUGGCCCAUCGGCGUCAACCGCUACGAAUACGACCAGCUCAGGGCACCGGUCGGCAGGGUUUACUUCACCGGGGAGCACACCAACGAGCACUACAAUGGCCAUGUCCAUGGAGCUUAUCUUUCAGGUAUUGAUUCGGCGGACAUUCUAAUCAACUGUGCUCAGAAGAGUAUGUGCAAAUACCACGUCCAGGGCAAGUAUGACUAA